GACCAACCUCGAUGAACCUCUUCACCUCUCCAUGUGUACUUUUCGUGUUUCAGCGACCGGAUCCCUUCAUAGCAACAACAGAUUAAGUGUUACAAUCUUUGACAGAUCGACUUCAGCUUCAAUCGAUCAUACACGCUUCCUCCAGUGACAGCCUCCGUUUAUCAGCAUGUACUCGAUUCGCACCAACUCUACGCUUCAACUACCUCUCUCUCCCGUAGAUUCUUCACCAGAACAAGUCGAGAAGCCAAACCCAGUACCACUUGGCUCUCGUAGGACCAAUCAGAAGGAAGAAAGACCUGCAGUGAACUCUAUCAGGCGAAAGCCCAGUCCUCUAUGGUCCCAGCAAGAGUGGUCACCCGAAGAGCCUGUCGACGUCGUCCUGGGCCGUCCGAUACACGAUGCCGGCCUGUCGUCUGCUUCAGCUACCGAUAGCGACUCGAGCAUGAUUCUCACCACCCCCAGGACACCCGCCGACACAUCCCAAUUCUCCCCGGCUUCGUCGCCUAAAGUCCCGGAUCAACAUUAUUUUCUGCCUGUAGACCAACCUCUCUUUUUCGAAGGAAAAAAUACUAUGGCGGUCACUAGCGGGGCACGCUCUCGUCCAGCGAUCAGCGCGAGGACUUCCUCUGUGCAGACGGAAAGUCAACGCACAGAGCUCCGCGACUCUGCUCUCGCUGGCAGCAAGGUUCAACAGAAGAACCAUUAUGUUCGUUCUGCUCGACCGAGCCCUACAUUAUCCACCCCUGGAAUAUCCGAGUCACUCGUGCAGGAAAUGAGGAUCAGCCAGCCUGUGGCUUCGAGCAGCACUAUACCCUUUCCUACAGGACUCGGAAUACAAGGCGCUUUUCAGCAGGGACAAGUUACCCAAAGACUAGAGCGUGCGGAAUCCAAGACACUGCCUCCUAUACCCCUAUCCCGCUCCACAACCGGUGUUCCCGGUGGACCUGCUCCUUUGCCAACCUCGAGGAGUACCGAUGCUGCCUGGAAGACUUACAAGCCAAAAAAGGUGAAGCAAGACUUUUCGGUCGACGGACUGGUCGACCCAAUCAAGCUAUGGGAGGCGAGCCAUUGCUAUGUUACCGAUGAGCUCGGUCGGAAGAGACGCUUUGGCGAAUUCUUCGACUCUUCGCCAGAGGCGCAGGCACCUCUAGGCAGAGUCCCACCAAGCCGAUCGUCAUCACGCAGCGGCCUUUCUCGCUACAGCUCGAUUGCCGAAUCCCUCGGUUCACAAUCGCGGAAACAGUGUGGUGGCGAAGAAUGGAACGAUCCUGGCAGGAAGACCGUAGUCUUUUAUAUCAGACAUUUCUGGUGUGGUCAAUGUCAAGACUUUACCUUUGCGUCUUUAUCGCAACUCGAUCCCGAAGCCAUCAAUGCUGCUGGCAUUAAUGUCAUAGUGAUAUCCAAUGGAACAUGGAGAAUCAUCAAGAGAUAUAGAGAAUUAUUCCAGCUCAAAUAUCCGGUAUAUGUGGACGAACAGCGAGUCUUGUAUGAGAAAAUGGGAAUGGUACUGCUGAACAAUGACUUCGGGCCCAGCAAGGAUCGAGCCGCAUACAACCAGAGAAGCGCCCCUUUACAGCUCGUUCACGGACUGAAGAAAGCUUUCGUUGAUAUGCCUCUGGGGAAUCCAGGCAAGCUGACGCAGCUGGGAGGCGAGUUUGUCGUCGGGCCGGGACUUCAAUGUCAUUUCGCCCAUCGAAUGACGAAUACUAGCAACCAUAUGGAGGCUUUCGACGUGCUGAAAAUUGCUGGUUGCGACAAGCCAACCAAGAACGAACAAGCAAUCAAACGCUUUGCAGAGGAAGAGCUAGCAGAGAUCGCGCAGCUACAGCGGGAAGAAGAAGAAUGGAGGGAAGGACGAGUCGAGGAGAUUGAGCGCAUUCGACAAAGCAGAGCUGCGAGGCGUCAACAUUUGACGCCGAUACAGCAAGAGCAGCUAAGGCGACUCAGUGUGCCUACAGAAUCACAGGAGGAAUAGAUGAUAGAUCAUGUACCGGUACCCGACAUAGAUGGAUCGCCAAAUGGCGAUUUCAGGUGUAAGCAGCUGAGAUACAGGA